UGUGUGUGUUUGUGUGUGUGGGCGCGCUCGCUUGCGUUCUCACCUUACGAUCCACGCCUCAACAAGCGCUCCUUCACCUGCCUCGUCUCUUCUCACUCUAUGGAUUAAGAUCUUUUACACAGAAGUGAAAGUCAAGAGAUAAAAAUGCAGUAGUUAUGGAGUUGCAUUGCUGAGCUAUACAGCGCCGGGAGGCGCUGCAGUGUUUAGUGUGGAGGAAUCCCGUCGGACUGUCUCCAUGCAGAUGACCAGUGAUGGCCACGACGGCCGACCCCACAGAAGAAUCAGUUGAUGAAGUGGUGAGUGAGCACAUUUUUAACCCCCUGGAGAGAAUCCUUUUGACCUUCUUCCUGGCUUCUAUUAUUAUUAUGACUGUCCUUGGUAACCUGCUGGUGAUGGUGGCUCUUUCGAGGGACAGGCAGCUGAGGAAGAAGAAAACCAACUACUUCAUUGUCUCCCUGGCAUUUGCAGACCUCCUGGUGGCUCUUUUAGUGAUGCCAUUUGCAGCGAUAGAGCUCACCACAGGCGACUGGAGAUACGGAGACACGUUCUGCCUGGUGCGCACCUCGCUGGAUGUGCUGCUUACCACAGCCUCCAUACUGCACCUGUGCUGCAUUGCCCUAGACAGGUACUAUGCAAUCUGCUGCCAGCCGCUGGUCUACAGGAACAAGAUGACGCCUGUGAGAGUGUCUCUGAUGCUGGGGGGGUGUUGGGUUAUCCCCUUGUUCAUCUCCUUUCUCCCCAUCAUGCAGAACUGGAAUGUGAUUGGCAUUGAGGACAUUAUUGAGGAGAGGAAGCUAAGCCACGGCUCAAACAGGACGUCCUGCAUAUUCAUGGUGAACCGACCAUAUGCUCUCGUUUGCUCAGCCGUGGCCUUCUACGUGCCUCUGUGUUUGAUGGUCCUCGCCUACCAGCGCAUCUAUGUGACAGCUAUGGAGCACGCUCGGCAGAUCCGAAUGCUGCGGCGUGCCGGAUCCACUCCCAUAUCCUCUUACUACAGUCACGAACACCCCGGCUCCAGCCGCAUGAAAAUAGAAACCAAGGCGGCCAAGACACUGGCAGUCAUUAUGGGUUGCUUCUGUCUGUGCUGGGCUCCGUUUUUUGUCACUAACGUGGUGGACCCCUUCAUCCAAUACAGUGUACCAUGGCAGAUGUGGACCACAUGGCUGUGGCUGGGAUAUAUUAACUCAGGCUUGAACCCAUUCCUUUAUGCCUUUCUGAACCGGGCUUUUCGGAGAGCCUUCCUCAUGAUCCUGUGCUGUGGGGACAUGCGCUAUGCCCGCCAGGGAAGCUUUAGUCCAAGCAGACAUUGCUCAGCAUCUGUGAACGGAACAUCAAUUGCGCUCAGGUUGUCAUUUCUUCCAAACCGAAGCUACAGUGACAACGGCAAACAAAUCCUUUCCAGCGAACAGGAAUCUCUGGAUUCUGCUGGCGUUUUCUAAAAAAGACAAUAAAAACCUACAGAUGGCAGUAACCUGUUACUACAAACCAGCAUCAGCUCGUACUUAGAAGACAUGGCUUCUUCAAAUAAGUCAGAGAUGCUCCAGUGCUCUAAUACUCAUGGAUUUUGUACUUUUUGUGACAAACCUAGAACCUGGAGACUUUGCUCAGGUGACAGUAGAUGAGCCAAGCACAACAGCACACAUGAGAGACGAUUAGCCACGAAAAAAAAAGACAAUAGCGGACGCUACAAAGAGAAAUCGCAAGCUGACCUCCUUUGCCCAAAUGUCAUCGCAACUAGGAGCUCGAGGAGCUCUGACCUCUCGAUUUCUCAUCUAUGGAAAUGACACUGUCAGGCUGUAAUUUCUGGGAAAUGAUUACAAGUGCAUUUCUCAUGGUCCUGUAUCAGAAUGAGCCUUGGAGCUUGCUCUGUGAUUACUUAAAGAAAAAUAUACACAAUUUUCCUCGUACCACAAACGCAGACCUUUUAGUGUCUGAAGUUUGCUUUUUUAGUUUUCCGCCAGAUCUUCAAGGGUGUCGCAAUUACGAGCAUCGUGCAAACACUUAAUUAGUGUCUCAGACAGACUUUGUGUGGUUUCUGACACUGGACGACUAAUGUAUACCGUAUGAUUGGUAAGAGCAGCUCUGUUCCUAUAACGUUGAUAAAGUAGUAGUGCAUUUUGUACAAUGCUAAACACUCAUCAAUGAGCUUCCUUCAGCUACAUCAGGCUGCUUUCAAACAUAGCUUUCUUUUUUUUUGUUUUUCAGAAAAAGCGCUGAAAAAAUUUCACUGCUCAUGCAGUGUGCACACUGUAACCUUGACGACACUCUUCCAUACAUAGCUAGCAUCAGCGGUUGAGAAAACACACCUUGUGUGAAAGCAGCUUUCGUCUUCUAGCUCCAGUGCAAAAUUACAUUUUAGACACCAAACAUGUCUUGGUUUAAGAGGAAAAAUGUGUACUUUUAAAUUGUGGAUGAUCUGUUCGUUAAAGCUCCAUUUUUCCAUCAACAUUCUGAAUAUCAGCCUGAGGAAGACUCUUCUCUUUAUGGAUUGCUCUGUUUAUUUUUGUGUUCAGUUUUGGCUUCAGAAAUAAGGAGCAACACCAUUUGUCACCAUGUGACAUGACUUAUUGUACCUUCUUGUAUUCUUUGAUAUGAUUUUAUGUGCUGAAAUAUGGUUUAAAUUGUUUCUAUGGGACAGGUGGUUUAUUUAAAAAGAAAAAAAAACCUUGUCCUCAGUAUUGUAUCUAUUAAAAAAUGUUUCAAUUACAAUACACAUUCUUUACAGAAAAUAAGUCAAUAGUUUGAUAUCAUGUCAUUUAUUUUACUGUUGUGUAAUCUGGACUGCUGGAAGAACAUUUAGAGGAAUUGGCUUAAUUACUUAAUACACUUCAUGAUGCACUAAUCAAAUCACUAGCACUGUGUUUAUACGUCAGCCAAUUACACGUUAAUAUAUUUUCAGUAGUCAGCCAAAAACAUAAAGUACAUUACAAGAUGAGCGACUGCACCUACAAGCAACCAAAAACAUCUCCACCUUCAGCUUCAUUCAGCUGCAACCAGUCAAGUGUGGAACAGAUUUCAACAACACAGAGCCUCUCACAGGUAAUGCCUUUUUCUUUUUAUAUUUAAAACAUACACAGCACAGUUUGUCAUACCAAGAUGCCUCCCAGCCUCCUGAAACGUCUAAAGACAUCUGACUGUUGGAAAGAGCUGAGACUGGACA